AUGCAAUGGCAACCACCUUCGGCCCCACGUGGCCCAUCAAAGCCCGAAUUGCAGCCGAUCCUCAGGCCUGAUCGGGUUAUACAGGAGGAUGGACUUGCUCAUAUAAAGGCGGGGACAUGGUCACCAGAAACACCACGUCGUCCCUGGCUGCGCACGACUCUUAUCACGGUGCUGCUGUUCAUCAUGAGCAUCAUUUCCUUGCUCGCGUUCUUCUCCCUGGCGCUGGGUAUCAACGGCCUUCCCCAUGCCCGUUCCUCAAGCCCUUCGUACGGCAAGCCGGUAAACCCUAUCAAGGACACUCCGAUUAAGAACGUGGUGGUAUUGGUCGAGGAGAACCUGAGUUUUGACGUGUUUGCUGGUGGCUUGACAUACAACGCCAAAAUUGAUGGGUUGGUCAACCGCGAGUACUGCAACCCAUCAAACGCUUCAGAUCCAUUCUCAGAGAAGGUUUGCGCCAAACCGAUCGCGAAGAAUGUGGCCCCCGAUGAUCCGGACCACAGCAUUACCGGUGGUAACCAGCAGGUGUAUAGCACCUAUCACCCCAACGCGAAGAAUGACAUGCCUGGCAUGCAGGGCUUCGUAACAGAGCAGAUUGUCUCUUACGGGCUCGGCUCCGAUUUGAGUCGCGCUGCCGAGGUCAUUAACUACUACACGCCGGACCACGUGCCGGUUUUCAAUGCCAUGGCCGAGAACUUUGUGCUCUUUGACCGCUGGUUCGCAGCGGUUCCGGGGCCGACCAACCCCAACCGUGCGUAUCUGACUUCGGGCACCUCGCACGGUCACGGUCAAAAUGACCACGACUUCGAUAUCUCCAACUUGCCUCAGGUGUCUAUCUUCGAACAGCUCUCGGCCGCCGGCAUUAGCUGGAUCAACUAUUCCAACACCACUGGUUUUCUUCCAGAUUCUUUGUUCUACCAGUGGACUGCCAAGAGCGGCAAGGGUACCACCAACGUGAAGUCUAUUGACCAGUUUUUCAAUGAUGCUAAGGCCGAAUGCUGUUCGUAUAUGUCCUUCCACCCCCCUUCUCCAAUCAACAUGGGCGAGGGCUUCAUUAAGAGCAUCUACGAGGCGUUGCGCUCUUCCCCGCAGUGGAACGAGACGCUGUUCAUCCUGACAUUUGAUGAGCACGGUGGUUUUGCCGACCAUGUGUCUCCUCCUGAGAAUGUGCCGGCUGGCGAUAACCUGACGUAUACCGAAACGGCCAAGGACGGCCAAGAGGCUACCUUCCAUUUCGACCGUUUGGGUAUCAGAGUACCUACCGUUCUGAUGUCUCCAUGGGUGGGCAAAGGCGUGGUUCAGAAUAGCCCGGCUGACCAGCCUAACGAAUUCACCCACACCUCUAUUCUCAAAUAUGUGGCUGAGCUCUGGAACCUGGACAUUCUCACUCCUCGCGUCGACUGGUCUCCCAGCUUCCGGGGUCUGAUCACCAACACUUUCCGUGAGACGCCGGAGAAGCUACCUGAGCCGGCUGAUUUUUAA